CAGAGGUCGAGCACAUUGUUUCUCCGCGGUACAAUCCGUUUCACCGGUAAUGAAUGAAAUUUUACUUUAAUAAGCUUUCUAGCGCACACUUAAAACAAACAUUACCACCGAGAGACACCGAGUGACUGCGACGUUAUUCUGUGCACAAUACAACACAAGAACAUCAUCGUAUUUGAGUUCAUAGACCAGAAGAGCGAUGGCAGGAAUUCUGUUUGAGGAUAUAUUUGAUGUAAAGGACAUCGAUCCAGAUGGCAAGAAGUUUGACAGAGUAUCUCGUCUGCAUUGUGAAAGUGAAUCUUUUAAGAUGGACCUAAUCUUGGAUGUGAACACUCAGAUCUAUCCUGUUGAUCUUGGUGACAAGUUCAGACUGGUUAUUGCCAGCACGCUCUAUGAAGAUGGAACACCAGACGACGGAGAGUAUAAUCCUCAGGAUGAUCGGCCAUCUCGAGCGGACCAGUUUGAUUACGUCAUGUAUGGGAAGGUUUACAAGAUUGAGGGUGAUGAGACUUCAACAGAAGCAGCCACACGCCUCUCUGCCUAAGUGUCUUACGGCGGCCUCCUCAUGAGGCUCCAAGGAGACGCCAACAACCUCCACGGCUUUGAGGUGGACUCCAGGGUCUACCUCCUCAUGAAGAAACUGGCCUUCUAAAACCCAACCCUGGUUGUUCCACUGCCACAGUCAACCUUAAAAUCAGAAUGAACUGCAAACUGAAAACAUUCGUAUCACCAAGUCUGGAGCAUGUGACCAUCAUCAGAGAGCAGCUCACAGAACACACGGGGGCUGAAGAAAACAUUUAGUUUUUUACUCUUGUAGUUCCAAAACGUUUCCUCGGAGGAGAUGGACUACAGAUUAAAGACUGUGAUACUUCAGAAUUGCUGCGGCAAACUGUAAAUAAAGAUUUCUUUUAUACAAAGUGA